AUGUCGGUGAACGCGUCAAUCACCCGCCCGAUAAAAGAUUUUGAAACCCUCUUGCGAGCCAUGUCGCGUGAGGUCGGCUUGCUCAAAAAGGGUGAACGACAUCUGUUCUCAUCAGCGGACAUUUCAACGUGGGUGGACUUCAUAAUUCACAAUUCGAGGGGUGCUAAAACCUGCGUGAGGGUCAAUGGCGAGUCGGUAAUUGACCUCACGAUCUCUUCCGCCACGGCGGCGUCGUUGGGCUCUGGUUGGGAGAUCCUCUCCGGGCUCGAGACCUUGAUUGAUUACGUUUUCGCUGGGUGGUUCUCAAGCGGUGGGGGUGGAUGCCUCCAGCCUUGGACUGCGUGGCGUGGCGUAAAGUGA